CUGCGUGUUACGUAUACAGGAACUUGUUUGUUCACGAAAUUUGAAAUAUCCUCUCUGCCGUGUUUUUUUUUGUCCGAUUUUUAACUGAGUGACACUAAUUCAACAGACGCGCUAACUAGCUAUAACUAAAGGCAAAUAGUUAUUUUACUAUUUAUUUAUACCAAACGGUCCACAAACCUGUUACUACACCUGCGCUCUGGAGCCUAGCAACUGUGUCCUGCUGCGGGGAGAAUAGUAUGGAUUCCCAUGCUAACAGCGGAUUCUUUUCAUUGGCUGAAGAGCAGUUUGAUUUUGACGUUUCACUGUCACCUGCCAGCUCAAGAGAAGAUGAUGAUGAUGAUGAGGUCUUUGUGGGUCCGGUCCGUCACAAGGAGAGGUGUAUUUCAGUUGGUCUGGAGACCGUUGUCAAUGAAUAUGGAAGUAGUGGACCUCCAGUCAUCGAGGAACCGAGCUGGAGCCCUUUGCCUGGGGAAAAGUUUGAGGAAAUCUGCAAGGAAGCCCAUCUACUAGCCAGUCAACUAGAAGUCAGCAAGCCACAAUGCACCUCCAGGGAAGUCAAUGGUCCACUCACAGUGGUUAAAGAUGACUUUGUUCAGGACGCUAAGGCCAAAUUGGGCCUUUUGAACAAGCCAGUUAAGGCUGUGAUCACCCCUAUUAAACGGGAGACUUUCUGUGUCCAGGACAGUCCGCUGAAGCAGCUCCCUCCCGCUAUACAGCAGCGGCUUAUAAAGGCAGGCAGGGCUUCUAGCUCCACUAAGGGACGUGUUAGCACCUCCAGCCCUAUGAGAGCAGGGACUACGAGUCAGCCCAGGAUCGUGCUCAGAGGAAGGGCUGGACUGGCCUGUGACACCGGGGUGCUCCCUAGCAAACCGCGGCCUGCACCCAGAGGGGCAACAGCCACUGCUGCUCUGCAUAUUGCCCAGACCAGAGCAGCGCCUGCCGAGAGGACCGCCAUGCUGCCGCCUUCAAACAAAGGUAACUCGGGGCUGAGGCGCAGCCCGGGCAGUCGUAGCUCCAGCAGAGCCGCGUCUACUGAGGAGCUCUUUUCGGACACAGCCAGUGUGGCCUCCGACGUCAGCGACUCCUCCCUCGACUCCAGUCUGCAGGGAAGGAGGACCCUCCUACCCGCUGGGAAGAGUGGGAUGCGGGCUCCGUCGGCGACCAAAGCCCCCGAGCCUCAGAACCGGAGAGUCUCGGACCGGAGGAGGAACACGUCUUCAUCCUCUUCCUCUGUGUCCAGCUUCAACUCCAGCAUUUCUGUGUCGCCCGCGGGGAAAGGUAAAGUCAACACGUCCCUCAACUCCAGCAUGACUGGCCCUCACGGCCGCCUGGCCCCUGGGGUCAGCCGACUGCCCAACCCUACUGGGAGUGCCUCUAAGAGCAGAUCCGUCCUCAUGGCCCGGGGUGCUGAGCCGCCCUCAACAGCAGGAGCGCGGCGCUCCAUCUCAGUCCAGGGAAGGAAGCAGUCUGAGCCGAACCGCUCUAAGCCAGUUCGGGCCACCCCUUUGAAGAAAGCCGAACCGGCGUCCACAGCCACCCCCUUACAACAGACCCCAGCCAAGAAGAACAUGGGGAGAACGUCCUCUGUGCCUAACAUAUCCACCUCAUCUCUAGCGAAGGUUGAGCGUGUCCGGGGCAACCCCAGACUCAAGGGGCUCAUUGCACCAACCCCUGCAAGUCAGUUGAAGAGGAGGUCGGAAGUUUUUUCAUCCUCUGAUGCCCCUCGGAUCAUGAAUCCUAAAAGGUUGAUGUCUGCAUGCAGUGUGGAAAGUCCCAACAAACCAGCGCUUCCAUUUCCGGAGCCACUCCGGACGCCCUCUGCUGGCGGGAACAAGGCUCUGCAGCCGAAGCUUAGACCCCCCUCUGCUUUACCUACCCCUGUGAACCGGAGGAUCUCCGGUAUCCCCAUGCUUACCCCAAAGAGCAUCUCACAUCUAGGCCGGACCUCCCUUAGUACUGCCAACCUACCAGCCUCCACCCGAAGAGCCAUCUACCGGAGUCCGGCCCAGGUGAAGGGAAACCUCCAGGAGGAGGUGGUGGCAGCCCCAGAAGAGGGGACCAUCCAGCCCUUCUGUCUGGAAGAGGGACCAGAAGUGGGGCCCGCCAACACAGACCUUCCAGAGGAGCCGGAGGUGAGUCAGAGUGUCCCAGAACCCAGAUUCAAGGACCAGGAGCCUCCUGCCACCACCGUGGACAAGCCCCACCCUGAGCCACAGGAAGAGUCCAUAAAGCUCCAGAGCGUUGAGCCCCCUCAAGGCAGUGGGAUGAAGGCACAUGACUUUAAUGAGGUUAUGCUGGUCGAUGCCCCGGUUCCUGUGUUGAGGCCUACGGAGAAGCUCCUAAUUGAUCUUACCAACACUCCUGACCUAAUCAGAACCGUCUCUGUGAAGUCCUCUGGUGGUCAGUUGAUAGACCUGAGCUCUCCACUCAUCAAAUGGAGUCCAGAAGACAAAAAAGAACAAUCAAAUGAUGCACCCCUGAUUAACUUGUCCUUUUAAUGAAAUGUAUCACAAUAUACCUACAUUUGAGCAUUUUCUGGAAAUGUAUAUUGAUUGAAAAAGCCGACUGCUGAAAGGUGUUGAUCCACCACGCACUAUUAACAUUUACGCUAAAUGAUAAAACUAGGUGUUUAUGAUCAUGUUUUAGUCAAGACUAUGAAUCAAUAUUUUCACCAAUCUUAUUUCUUUCUAAGAUGGGUACUGUUAAAUGUAUUUUGUUUGUUACUGUCUUGCUGCUCUUUGUAACUGAUCUUAAAUAUGAAAAAUAAAUGCUCUUAAUUUAGUGA